AUUUGAAGAUACUGUAUGUGUAUAGCUGUUCCUCUUACUAGCCAAAACACACUGCAUUGUCCUGGUUUAAAUAAGGGGUUGAGUGUCUCCCAUUGAGUGUUUUGAGAAUAAAACAUAGUAGGUAGCUGAAUAAAAAUGAUUAAACCCAAUCGAUGUCAUGUCUGUUAUAGCGUUAAGUAUUUUGUUGACAUGAAGCUAACUUUAGCUAGCUAAAGGAAACAGAAGUGUCAAUGUAGCGGAAGUGGUACUGCCCUGAACGAUUCGAGGAGAGAGACGGAGGACGGAGGCUGCAUCGUCCAGAGAAAAAGCAGGAAUUAGAACCGUAAAAAUUACUGAAAAAUGGACAAGAACGACCUGGUACAAAAGGCCAAGCUCGCUGAGCAGGCUGAGCGCUAUGACGAUAUGGCUGGGGCCAUGAAGUCUGUGACGGAGCAGGGUGGGGAGCUCUCCAAUGAGGAGCGCAACCUGCUGUCAGUGGCCUACAAGAACGUUGUGGGGGCACGCCGCUCAUCCUGGCGGGUCAUCUCCAGCAUCGAGCAAAAGACAGAGGGCAACGAGAAGAAGCAAGCCAUGGCCAAGGAGUACCGGGAGAAGAUUGAAACCGAGCUGCAGGACAUCUGCAACGAUGUGCUGGGACUUCUUGACAAGUACCUGAUUGCCAAUGCAACUGCAGCUGAGAGCAAGGUGUUCUACCUGAAAAUGAAAGGCGAUUAUUAUAGAUACCUGUCUGAGGUAGCAGCUGGUGAUGCAAAAAAGACCACAGUGGAUAAUUCCCAGCAGGCAUACCAGGAUGCUUUCGACAUCAGCAAGAAGGAGAUGCAGCCAACACACCCCAUCAGGCUCGGCCUGGCCCUCAACUUCUCUGUCUUUUACUAUGAAAUCCUCAACAACCCUGAGAAGGCCUGCACCUUGGCCAAGACGGCAUUUGAUGAAGCCAUCGCUGAACUCGACACCUUAAAUGAGGAUUCCUACAAAGACAGCACCUUGAUCAUGCAACUACUAAGGGACAACCUGACUCUGUGGACAUCGGAAAACCAGGGAGAUGAGGGAGAGACCGGAGAAGGGGAAAACUAAUGGAAUUGCACUGUUAAUCUACCUACACUCUUAAACACAAACAGCUUAUAAACAUCCCCCUCCACUCCAUCAACCCCUCCCCCCUCUGUAUGACAAGCAGCCGGAAUUGUUCCUGACCAACUAGUUUAUCCCUCUCAGGUCACUGAGGCGACAGGGUAAUGUCCAGUUGUUAGCAGGUUGUCAUUUUGUUUGUGAAAAUAAUGUGGUUGUAUUGAGUAGCGAGUCCAUGUUGCUGUUAUUUUGGUUUUUUUUUUUUGUGUGUGUGUGCUAAAUUGGGGGUGUGAAUGACUGACUGUGCUGGGGGCGGGGGUUGUUAAUUCUAAUCGUCCUUAAUUCCUUUGUCCCACCUAGCUGGUUGUGCAUAUUUCAUCAUUUUUGUUACGGUCAUUUUUUGUGUGUGAUUUGUCAUGGUAUUGCAGGUUUAACGUAUGGUUAUUAAACUGGCAGUUAAUUUUCACCAACACUGAUGCUAAGUGUUAUAUUUUCUUCCCCACGUCACUAUUGCUUGCUUCUGAAAUUCAGACACAGUACAAUCCUGUAUUUAACUAACAGUGCAAUUCUGCUGUGGGCUUAUACAGAAAGGAGGCAGGCUGUAUUGUGACACUGGCAUCUGGGCGUUUUGCUCUAUAAUCACUUUCACAAUUUCAAGGUUUGAUUAAGGGACCCCUUACUUCGCCAUGUUAGAUUUCCUCCAUUAUAAGACAUUCCACCAGAAUUGUAUUAGGCUUUUAUGAAAGGCAGAACUCUUUUUGAACAAAGUGGAUUACUGUCCUAAUGGUAUAACUCACUGUUCAAGAUCAAGCGCUGCUUGAACUCAAUACAAUGAAAAUUGUAUGUGCUUAAAUGUUGUUCUAUGUAUUUUGCAAGAUUGACUAUCUUUCUGUGAAACCUAAAGUAACUGAACCUUUUUUCGAAAAUGUCUUAUCACACUGUAUCAACCCUGCUUGCAAAAUAUUCCUCUUAAAGCGGUUGUUUUCUCCAAUGAUUCUGUGCCUGGUUUUCUAUUAGACACUUCAAAAUGGAAGACGGUUCAUGUCUCUUGUUUGACUGCCAAGAAGUUGAAAUUGAGCUUAGACCGUCUUCUAUUCUCUCUUAGAAUCUCAACAUAUUUGUUAUGUUUGUUCUAUGGUUUGUAAGGUAUGAUGUCAUAAUUUGCUCUCAUGCCCCUAAACUCCACUGCUUUGAACAAGCCUCAAGCCAUUGCUGUACAAUUUAUUGUGAAGCAGCAGAUUGGAGACCCAACCCAUACCACAACCCAAGUAAGAAGCAGUGUCACAAAUUCAUAAUAUCAACACCACCAUUACAUCCCACAGAGUAAGACACCCAUCUACAUAUAGCGGCCAGUCUGCUUUCUUAGAGUCAAUUCUCAUUAUCUGAAUAAAUAAAAUGUGGAACAGGC